CCGUCCCUCCGCCCCCCGCUCCUGCUCUCUCCGCCUAGCCUUUCCCCUCCCAGCCGCCUGCCUGCCAGGGGUAGUGAACCGGCUGAGCGGCAUGGAGACGCAGAAACUUCGGGGGGCCCUGGCUCUUCUCCUCCUUUGCUCUUUCGCAUCCGCUAGUCAGGAUCUGCAGGUAAUUGACCUGCUGACUCUGGGUGAGUCCCGGCAAAUGGUAGCUGUGGCAGAGAAGAUCCGGACAGCUCUACUCACUGCUGGGGACAUCUACCUCUUGUCCACCUUCCGCCUGCCCCCUAAGCAGGGUGGUGUCCUCUUUGGCCUCUACUCUCGCCAAGACAACACGCGAUGGCUGGAGGCCUCUGUUGUAGGCAAGAUCAACAAAGUGCUGGUGCGGUACCAGCGGGAAGAUGGCAAAGUCCACGCAGUGAACCUACAGCAAGCAGGCCUGGCUGAUGGCCGCACACACACAGCUCUCCUGCGACUCCGAGGUCCCUCCCGACCCAGCCCUGGCUUGCAGCUCUACGUGGACUGCAAACUGGGUGACCAACAUGCCGGCCUCCCAGCACUAGCCCCCAUUCCUCCAGCAGAGGUCAGUGGGCUGGAGAUUAGGACCGGACAGAAGGCUUAUUUGAGGAUGCAGGGCUUUGUGGAAUCAAUGAAAAUUAUUCUGGGCGGGUCCAUGGCCCGUGUAGGAGCCCUGAGUGAAUGUCCAUUCCAAGGGGAUGAAUCCAUCCACAGUGCAGUGGCCAGUGCACUGCAAUCCAUUCUAGGAGAGCAGACUAAGGCGCUGGUCACCCAACUCACCCUCUUCAACCAGAUCCUGGUGGAGCUGCGGGAUGAUAUCCGAGACCAGGUGAAGGAAAUGUCUUUGAUCCGAAACACCAUCAUGGAGUGUCAGGUGUGCGGCUUCCAUGAACAGCGUUCCCACUGCAGCCCCAACCCCUGCUUCCGAGGUGUGGACUGCAUGGAAGUGUACGAGUAUCCUGGCUACCGCUGUGGGCCUUGUCCCCCAGGCCUGCAGGGCAACGGCACCCACUGCGAUGACAUCAAUGAGUGUGCUCACGCUGACCCCUGUUUCCCGGGCUCCAGCUGCAUCAACACUAUGCCCGGCUUCCACUGUGAGGCCUGUCCUCGAGGCUACAAGGGCACCCGGGUGUCUGGUGUGGGAAUUGACUAUGCCCGGGCCAGCAAACAGGUCUGCAAUGACAUUGAUGAAUGCAACGAUGGUAACAACGGUGGCUGUGACCCAAACUCCAUCUGCACCAACACCAUGGGAUCUUUCAGAUGUGGUCCCUGCCGCCAGGGUUUCCUGGGCAACCAGACCCAGGGCUGCCUCCCAGCAAGGACCUGUUUCAGUCCAGCCCACAGCCCCUGCCACGUUCAUGCUCACUGCCUCUUUGAACGAAAUGGUGCAGUGUCCUGCCAGUGUAAUGUGGGCUGGGCCGGGAACGGGAACGUGUGUGGGCCUGACACAGACAUUGACGGCUACCCGGAUCAGGCGCUGCCCUGCAUGGAUAACAACAAACACUGCAAGCAGGACAACUGCCUUUUGACACCUAACUCUGGGCAAGAAGAUGCUGACAAUGAUGGCGUGGGGGACCAGUGUGAUGAAGAUGCUGACGGGGAUGGGAUCAAGAAUGUUGAGGACAACUGCCGACUGUUCCCCAACAAGGACCAGCAGAACUCAGAUACAGAUUCAUUUGGUGAUGCCUGUGACAACUGCCCCAAUGUUCCCAACAAUGACCAGAAGGACACAGAUGGCAAUGGAGAAGGAGACGCCUGUGACAACGAUGUGGAUGGGGAUGGCAUCCCCAAUGGAUUGGACAAUUGCCCUAAAGUACCUAACCCGCUACAGACAGACAGGGAUGCAGAUGGGGUGGGAGAUGCUUGUGACAGCUGCCCUGAAAUGAGCAAUCCUACCCAGACAGAUGCAGACAGUGACCUGGUGGGAGAUGUCUGUGACACCAAUGAAGACAGCGAUGGGGAUGGUCAUCAGGAUACCAAGGACAACUGCCCACAGCUGCCAAAUAGCUCCCAGCUGGACUCAGACAACGAUGGACUUGGAGAUGAGUGUGAUGGGGAUGAUGACAAUGACGGUGUCCCAGAUUAUGUGCCUCCCGGUCCUGAUAACUGUCGUCUAGUACCCAAUCCCAAUCAGAAAGACUCAGAUGGCAAUGGUGUUGGUGAUGUGUGUGAGGAUGACUUUGACAAUGAUGCAGUAGUCGACCCCCUGGAUGUGUGUCCUGAAAGUGCAGAGGUAACCCUCACGGAUUUCCGAGCCUAUCAGACGGUCGUCCUGGAUCCUGAGGGUGAUGCUCAGAUUGACCCAAACUGGGUCGUUCUCAAUCAGGGCAUGGAAAUCGUUCAGACCAUGAACAGUGACCCUGGCUUGGCAGUUGGAUACACAGCCUUCAAUGGUGUGGACUUUGAAGGUACCUUCCAUGUGAACACAGUGACUGACGAUGACUACGCAGGUUUUCUCUUCAGUUACCAGGACAGUGGCCGCUUCUAUGUGGUCAUGUGGAAGCAGACAGAGCAGACCUACUGGCAGGCCACACCUUUCCGUGCUGUUGCCCAGCCGGGGCUGCAGCUCAAGGCAGUGACAUCAGUGUCUGGCCCAGGUGAGCACCUCCGGAAUGCCCUGUGGCAUACUGGCCAUACCCCUGACCAGGUACGGCUGUUAUGGACUGACCCACGAAAUGUGGGCUGGCGUGACAAGACCUCCUAUCGCUGGCAGCUGCUGCACCGGCCUCAAGUUGGUUAUAUUCGGGUGAAGCUCUAUGAGGGUCCCCAGCUAGUGGCGGAUUCUGGGGUGAUCAUUGACACAUCCAUGCGAGGGGGGCGUCUUGGUGUAUUCUGCUUCUCCCAGGAAAACAUCAUUUGGUCCAAUCUCCAGUAUCGAUGCAACGACACAGUGCCCGAGGACUUUGAGCCAUUCCGGAGGCAGCUGCUGCAGGGAAGGGUGUGAGGAGGUGGCCACCAGAUUCCUGAUUUUAGACUCUCUGGCCUUGGGGUCCAUCCUGGAGACUCUGAGGUCUAAACUACAGCCCCUCAGCCAAACAUAGACCCUCCUCUGGCACCCUCAGUUCAGCCCCAGUGGGGCAGCACCCCCACUGUUCAGGGGUUGGGACAUUUUCAAGGGGUAUUACUCAGGUACUAACCCCAGGAAAGAAAAUAGCAGAUUGCCAUAAAGUUCCAGUUGUUUUCUAA